UUUAAAUUUGUCGUCAUAUAAUAUCUAAUUUUAUAAAUUAAACAGGAAAAAAACCUUCGAGCAUUGAACUUUGUGAAGCGGCGCACAAAUGCAGUAGAAAAAGAAAACAUUCCUAUAUACCUGGCAAGUUCCAAGAAGCAAUUUGGAAUCAAAUGAACGAAAAAUUCAUUGAAAAACGGAAAGCUGAUCACGAAAAGAACAAGUCCACCAUUUCGUCAAAGAAAUCUAAAGCACCUCAUAAUGGUAUGGUUAAAGACAGUGUUCCGAUGGACAAACAAUUUUUGGUAGUGUACGAUAGACAGCACGAGAAAACCAACAUGUCUGACGAUGCUAUGGAGAACUUUGAAGUUGGUGAUGUAGAUACACUCAGCAAAACCACCAUGAAAAUUUCAGGUAAAUUAUUAGAACAUGUAAAGGAAGAAUAUGAACAUCCAGGUGGUAACAUCACAAAGCACCAUUUAAAAACAAUGUGUGGAAAGAAGGGAGUAAGAUGUGUUAAUGCAGAUAUCCAGUAGAUAAUAUUAAUUAAUUAUUUUUU